CGCCGCUUCUCCCGCGUCUCGCCGCCAGCUCGCCGGAGGGUCUCCCAGGGUCGAGGGUCCUGCCCCUGCCCGGCUCCGAGUGCCACCUCCUCGGCUACCGACAUCUGCAUUCCCCGGCGUGUAUGGAGCAACAUCUUUAAAGAUAGUAUCUCAUCCUCCAUCACGGCACUGUCAGGGGUUCUUUUCUGUGUUUAAGUGGAGGUUCUGAAGGAUGCUGACUACGUGGGUCGCUCCAGGGUCCUGGUGAAGUGUCUCAUGUGUCACGUGGACAAAGAAUGGCCCACAGAAUGCCGUCACAAGGCAAAGUGACCAUCUCGGUGGACGAGUACAGCUCCAACCCCACGCAGGCCUUCACCCACUACAACAUUAACCAGAGCCGCUUUCAACCGCCACACGUGCAUAUGGUGGACCCCAUCUCAUACGACGCUCCCAAGCCGAGUGGCCACACGCGUUUUGUGUGUGUGUCGGACACACACUCACGGACAGAUGGCAUCCAGAUGCCCUACGGGGACGUGCUCCUGCACACGGGGGAUUUCACCGAGCUGGGCCUGCCCUCGGAGGUCAAGAAGUUUAACGACUGGUUAGGUGGAUUACCGUAUGAGUUUAAAGUGGUGAUCGCGGGGAAUCAUGAGCUGACCUUCGACAAGGAUUUCAUGGCGGAGCUGGUCAAGCAGGAUUACUAUCGCUUUCCCUCUGUGUCGAAGUUGAAACCCGAGGACUUUGACAGUGUUCAGUCUCUCCUGACAAACUGUGUUUACCUGCAGGACUCGGACAUCACCGUCAAGGGCUUUCGAAUAUAUGGUGCGCCAUGGACGCCAUGGUUUAAUGGCUGGGGUUUUAACCUGCCCAGGGGACAGUCCCUGCUCGAUAAGUGGAACCUCAUCCCAGAGGGCAUCGAUAUUCUCAUGACCCAUGGGCCGCCCCUCGGUUUUAGGGACUGGGUACCGAAGGAGCUGCAAAGAGUUGGGUGUGUUGAGCUGUUAAACACAGUCCAGAGGAGAGUCCGGCCCAAACUCCACGUCUUCGGAGGAAUUCAUGAAGGUUACGGCAUUAUGACAGACGGGUACACGACAUUCAUCAACGCCUCGACCUGUACCGUCAGCUUUCAACCCACCAACCCUCCCAUCGUGUUCGACCUCCCGAACCCCCCCAGCUCUUGAGACGCCCGCAAGCAUCACCAUAUUCUCCUUUUCUCCUUACGUUUUCUAACAAUACUUUGGAAAAAAAAAAUAGUUGAAUGUUUCUUUUAGAAUCGCCAGUCUUUUGCUAAAAGAUUCAGUGGAAGAUUUCUGAUGACGGACGGGAUAAUGCCGGUGUCGCGUACAGAUGUGCUGAACAAUCUUAUGAAUAGAUCUGAUUAAAUCUGUAUGAUAAUAA